UCAGAUCUCAGCUGUACUGAGAAACGGGGAACCAUCUAAUGUCAAUACACUGCAAAUCUGAGAGAAAACAAAUAUCCAGUUAUUCCAAAUCUUUGGUAAUAUUGCAGUAUCUUUCGAACGAGCAUUUCCAUUAGAGUCAUGCAUAGUAAAGUUUGGGCUGAGAACAAUGUGAACGUUGCUAGAAAUAUUUGGUAAGCAUGGCUACAGGGGGCACGUCCCCAGACAAGGUGACAAAGACAGAGGGUAGCACAGUAAAGUUAUUUAUAACUUCAUACUCAGAUGAUUUCUUUGCUGAGCGGGAAUUCCUGAAAAGAGAAGUACUGCAGGAGUUAAGGAGUUGGUGUGAAAGUAAGCAGUUAACACUCGCGGAGAAAUUCAUCAAAUGGGGUUCCCUACACCCAGAAAGGCGAGAUCCAACAAGUCAAGAAAAAAUACAGACAAGCAUUGAAAACUGCUAUUAUAACAAUGUCAUGCCAAUUUUCCUCAAUUUUACAAGUGAAGGAGUAGGCUGGGUACCAAUGUGGGGAGAUUGUCCAGAUGAACAUAUAGAAGAUUAUAUAGACACAUAUGGCUUAUUGAUGGAAGAUUUAGAAGUGAUGUAUGGAGCUUACAGAGAAGAUAAUCAUAAUUAUACUGGAUUUUUUUUGCUAGAAGAACUGUUAAAGAGGUUUGAGGGCGAGUGUGGAGGGACUCUUAUUGUGGCAACACUUUGUUUACUGGAAGCCUCGGCAGCUGGUCUACUCGAGUCAGAGCUUCGUCACAUUCUGGCUGAUGAGGACAAACUAAUGCCACCUGCUCCUUUCGAUGAAAAAGAUGAGAAGGAGACAUCAGAGAAAGAGACCAAGAAGGAUGUUGGUUUUCUAUCAGAUAGUAAAUGGUUGAGGGUAUUCCAUAUACUGCAGCCAUACCUGAGACCUUACGGUGAGAGUAGUGAGGGAAGGAUAGACUUUUACCAUAGAACACUCAGUAAAGCUGUUAGACAUAGGUACUUUCAGAAGAAAGAUGAGCAGGUAGAUGAGAAUAUAGAAGUAGAGGAAGAACGACCUAUAGUGUAUAACUGGUGGCAUAAAAAACUGGCGGACUAUUUUGAACAUGUAGAAAAUGUUGACAGAUUUGUGGAGGAAUACCCAUAUCAGCUGGUGUGUUUGGAAGACAAAUAUGGACUGAGUAAAUGUUUAUGUGAUUGGAGGGUAUUUGAUGUGCUCUACAAUGAAGAGUUCAGCUCAGAUCUUCUGGCAUUUUGGAGAAAGGUUGGCAGUGCAUCUGAUAUGAUAUCACAAUAUGAGGAGGCGUUGACAAGAUUUGAGGAGGAUGAUAAUGUAAAUGAAGAGGCGGUCUCCAUCAGAUAUGAGAAAGUCUGUAGAGUUGUCAUACAAGCUGGUAAAUACCAUGAGGCACUGGAGUUAUUGAAGACAGCUUUGAAGAUAGAAGAGAAAGAACUUGGUGCUAGACCUCAUAGAAUGGUUGAACUGUAUGCCCUCAUGGCUGAAAUAUAUGAUGAGAAACUUAAGUUGAAUGAUUUUGUAUCACCUAGUCAGCUACCAGAUUUACGAAAGACGAUACAUUAUGGUCGUAAAUCUAUAACGUUACGAAAAACACUUCCAGGGACAUAUCAUAGAUUCAAGUUGGGUAUGAGUUUGAUGAAGUUGGCAUUUAACAUGGAGAGUUGGGAAGCUUGUGGUGGGGGACCUGAACUCACUGGAACAGAUGCCCUUAAUGAGGGCAAUAAAUAUAUAGACAAGGCAUUGAAAAUAUUCCAAGAGUUAAAUGAUCAAGGUCACUAUGCAGAAGCAUUAAUGACCAAAGGUGUGCUGGCUCCAAGAGGUUGUAUGGAACAAUUAAAGUUGUAUAAUCAGGCAAUGGAUCUGUGCAUGCAAAUGUAUGGUGAAUACCAUAUUCUUACCUCAAGACUGUAUAUCAAUAUUGGAAUUGUUUACGAAGACAACAACAACUACAAAAAAGCUUAUGAAUAUUUUAAAAAGUGGGCAAGAGUAAGUGAGGAAAUUCUCGGGCCAGAACAUCCAAAGACAUUGCGAGCGAAAGGUGUUUUACGAGAGACGAGGUAUCGAAGUAUAGCUCGUGAAAUGGGUGAAUGGAAUGAGGAGGAUAUGGAUGAUAAUAAUGACGACGACGAUGAAGAUGAGGAAACAGAAAAUCCUGAUUUAGAACAUUACUAUGAUGAUCAAGUAGGUCAGAAUAAUAAUCAACAACUUAUAAUGGAUAAUAGUUUAAUUAAUGAAAGCGGGACUAUAGAUAACAGUGUAGGACCUGUGAUUGAAGUGGCGCCAGACGUAGAUGGUAAUAAUGGCGAUGUUCUUUUAAACGGGUAUUUUGAACAAGAUGAUCAAGCCGAGGAUAAUGGAAGUGAUCGCGAGAACUCGGACAAUGAAAAUUUUUACGACGAUAAUUUCGAGGAUUAUGACGAACAUUACAUGAUGUAUUCAGACACUGGUCCCGUUAUUGAUGAAUUCAAUGUUAAUAUUUUACACGAUGAUGAUGAUGACGACGAUGAUGAGAUUAUUGCCAUGGCAUCGAGUAACCCAGCUGAUGAUUCUCUCAAUUCUUUACCGGAGCAAGACAAUAGAUACGCAAAUGACAGUCAUGAAUCAAGUGAUAGUGACAACACUAAUACACACCAAUAAUAUAUAAUAUGUUAUCAGUGUGCUUGUAUGUGAUAUCUCUUCCUCGGUGUUUGCUGAUACUUAUUGCAGGUUUUUGUUUCACUUCAUUUACAAAAUGCAUACUUCCUUACUGUCAAAUGGAUUGAUUUAAUAGAUAGUUAUGCAAUUGACUAACAAAGCUUUAUUAGAUUGCUUGUUACAAGUUACACACUCAAAUGAACGAAUCGGUAAAUAUCAUCUAAUUUCUGGUAAUGUUAAUCAGAAGCCGCUUGCACUUUUAGCAGUUCUUUCAUCAUUCCUGUUUUUAGUACAAUUUUGUCACAUAAGAGUGUGUUUCCAACUGUGAUGUCAUUUUUUGAGAAAGUACUGUGGUGGUGGCAAACACACAUCUGGGUUCCUUAAAAAGAAAUCUUGUUAGUUCAGAUAUCUAUUCACU